AUGGCUGCUACAGGGAGAAAACAGAAUAAGAAGACCAAGCAGAUGGCAGAUUCCACUGAUUUUAAAGCUUUUGACUUCGAUGUAGAGGCAGAAGACAAGAAGGGUCUGAGUGGUUCAGAGGAUGAAGCAAGACAGGAAACACCAAUAGUUGAGAAGUCAACCAAGAAGAGACCUGCCAACUCUUUUGAGAACGAUGACCUUCAUUUAAGUGUGGGGAAUGAGGUCCAGACAAUGCUGGAGAGAUUUGGAGCUGACAUCAGCAAGACCAUGCAGGCUAAGAGGAAACGCCUGGAAACUCUCACCAAAAACUCCCUGAAGGGAAGCACUCAGAAGAUUGAGCAGCUGUGGAAGAGCCAGUACUGUCAGAGAGAAAAACUGAUCCAGGACUAUUCCCAGCAAGUCUUCUCUGUGCUGCAGCAGUGGGAGACGGACGCACAGAAGUCUGAUGAGCAAGAGGAGAAACUCAAUAAUUUGUUCCGCCAGCAACAGAAACUCUUUCAGCAAGCCAGAGUUGUGCAGAAACAGAAACUGAAAACCGUCAAAGAUCUGUAUGAUCAGUUCAUUAAGAGCAUGGAGGAGUUGGAGAAAAGCCAUGAAGCCUUCAUUCAGGGAGCACAGGUAGAACUGAAGAAAGAGAUGGCUCUGCUCCAGAAGAAAAUUUUGAUGGACACGCAACAGCAGGAGAUGGCCACUGUGCGCAAGUCCCUACAGUCCAUGUUGUUCUAA